AUGGAUGUAAACGUCAGGGCAACAGAUGCGACCACGACGGCGAUCACAUCUCACAACCAAUACAGAACCAGCGGCUUGGAACUAGAUGAUCUCUCGCCGAGUCCGAUCGUCCAAUUCAACCGGUGGUUUCAGCACGCCAAUGAGAACGGCGUAACUGAACCUGAAGCCAUGACCAUCUCUACAGUCGCUAUUGAGAACGGAGUGGCACGACCGUCUUCUCGCGUGGUGCUGCUGAAGCAAGUCGACGAACAAGGCUUCUUGUUUUUCUCCAAUUACAGCUCUCGAAAGGGACGAGAGUUGGAAGCGAAUCCGUAUGCUUCGCUUACGUUUUACUGGAAGCAACUCUCGAGGUCUGUCCGCGUCUGCGGCCGCGUCGAAAAACUCAGCGCACAAGAGUCAAAGGCGUACUACGACUCGCGUCCGUUGGGUAGCCGCAUCGGCGCUUGGGCCAGUCCACAGUCUAGUACGAUCGUGUCCAGGCAGGAACUGGAAGACAAGGUCAAAGAGGUGGAGUCCAAGUUCCGCGUUCCCGGCGCCGCUGGUCUGGACGAGGCAAACAAGUGGCAAGGGGACGAGAAGCGCGUUGAUGUACCCCUGCCCGACUUCUGGGGCGGCUACAGAAUCGUACCGGACGAGGUCGAGUUUUGGUGUGGCCGACCAAACCGGUUGCACGACAGAUUCAGGUAUACGAGGAGUAUUGAGAGCCAAGUUGCUGCGAAUGAAGACAAAUGGAGUAUCGACCGCCUAGCUCCAUGA